GUGACGUUUAAUAUUCCAUGGCCGCUAAAGCAAGGUUAGGUGUCAUGUUUCUGUAAAUAGUAGUAUAGGUACGUGAUAGGUACAUUCCACAAUGCCGAGUUCUCUUCUGUUCGGCAUAAACAACGAGGGGCGCGUCCACACCCUCUCCACCACGGGGACGAUGUGGCGCGAAAUCCCUUACGCCGGUCAAGAAUUCAAAAAAUUGUCGGCGGUCCCGUACUUUUUAUGGGCGUUGGGGGGCGACCACCAGAUCUACGUCUACGUACACGGUCUCGACAUCCCCAUUCGAGUCCGCGAAGAAGCCUACGAGAACGAGAGAUGGCUUCCAAUCGAAGGCUUCUCAUCGCGUCUCUUACCCACAGACCGCUACCGUUUUUCCAAUGUCGACGGCACCGUCGAUCGCUCAAUUGACAAAAUUAGAUUACCCUCGAUGGCGUGGCAGUGGGAGGGCGACUGGCAGCUCGAAUUAACCCUCGACGGACAACCUCUGGACCAUCAAGGCUGGACGUACGCCGUCGAUUUUCCGGCACAGUAUUACUCGAAGAAGCAGUGGAAGAGCUGCGUGAGACGAAGACUGUGGGUGCGGUCGCGGAGGUACAGCGCCAUGAACUCCUGGUGCGCUAUAGCCCCCUUGCACAAGGACGCAACCAGCGAACCCUUCAUUGACAUCUCCAUCGGGGGCCAGAGCGUGGCGGGGGCGGAGCCCGGGACCAUGCUCGUGUGGGCCGUCACCUCCCAUAAUCGCGUCAUGUUCCGCACCGGGGUUAGCACCAAGUCGCCCGAAGGCGCCCGCUGGAACCCCAUUCCCACGCCCAUCGGUAGCGAAAUCAACCAGAUCAGCGUAGGUCCCACUGGACUGGUGUGGGCGGCGCUUCUCGACGGCCGCGCCCUCGUACGGGUGGGCGUGACCCGCGACAGCCUAUCCGGGGAGUCGUGGGUGGAGGUACGCGGCCCCGGCGACAACCUCAAGAUCGGGCAGCUGUCCGUGGGCACGUGCGCGGUCUGGGCGGUCACCCAGAACAAGCAAGUGUGGUUCAGGAAGGGCGUGAAGGGGGAGGGCGCCGGUCUCAGCGAGGAGUUGGCUGCCGGCUGCGGAUGGGUGGAGAUGGUGGGGCGGAUGGCGCAGAUCAGCGUCGCCGCCAACGACCAGGUGUGGGCCGUGGGGGCGGACGACAGGUUGGUCUACUACCGGAGCGGAGUCGGGGCUUCGGACCUGACGGGGAAGAGGUGGAAGGCGCUGCAUGCACCGCUGCAAGUCAGUAGGGCCAGCAGUAACGCUAGCCUUAAUAGAGAUAAGUUUCAUCGCAGCUUUAACGCUUUGCAGAGCCGGCCCAGCAGCAUGUGCGAGCCGUCCACUAUCGCCGAGUGGGAGGAGCAAUCCCAUUCCGCGCCCACCGCCCCGACGUCCCUCCCCGUCGGCGACCUCGCCUCCAAAUUCGAAACCCAGCCCAAGAACCCCAAAGCUUGGAGCCCCGUGCACUCCGUGGGCUCCAUCGUCGGGACUGAAGUGCACCCCGAAGUGGACGAGAGCGUGUGGAGCGACGGAAGCCGCGAAUCCUGCAUUUUCGCCGAGGACGAGGAGCUGGGCUGGGCUGAGUACGAAGCACCGUGGUCGUGGGUGGAAGCGGGGGCGUGCACUGUCGACCCCGCCCAACUUCCUAAUUGGUUCGCCGAAGUGGGUGGCGGCAACAAUCACACCGAAAUGGGCGAGCCGUGGCGGCUGCGCAUCCUGGACGACCUGAAGCUGCGGUUGCCUACUAAAGACCUGUACAAGGAGUGGCAGAUGGCGGUGGACACGACGUCGUGGGUGCACACCGGGGAGGCGCGAGUGAGCUGGGGGAGUGGCCAAUUCGUAGAUUGCGUGCUGCAGCUGGAGUGGGUGCAGAUCACGGGGACGCUGACGGUGUUGAAUCCGGAUGGGGCGAGCACGAUGAAUUUGUUUAGUUUGAACGAUAUCACCUGCGUACAGUGCUGCAGCGAACCUGGAAGUCCACGUCUAGGGAUACAUGUGCCUAGGCACAGCCCCUCCCUACUGAAGUUCCAGUUUAGUAGCGACGCCCAGUUGGAGGAGUGGCAAGCGCAUUUUGCCACCACGUGUGGCCGGUUGCAGCACGUAUUGGGUAAACCAAGCGAGGGGAGUGUGUGGGCGGUAACAACUUUAGGAGACGCCUUCAUCUGGGACCCCACCCAGCUAGAAAGCAACCAGUUACGAGAGAACGACUACUACGUCCAGAAGUUCGAUUUAAGCGGGAAAGAGUCACCCAUUAAGGUAGCUCUGCAUGGGAGUUUCAAACCAGGCACUUGUUUGACCUUGACGGGGUGCAUCGGAGACGACGCCGACCGAAUCGGGAUCAACUUGGACGCCCACAGCACAUACCGAUUACGUCACAAGGCGCAUAGCGAACACGAAAAUACGUGUUUACAUUUCAAUCCUCGGUUCGUGGAGAGUCACAUUGUGCGCAACUCCAUGAUCGAGGGGAAAUGGGGGAAGGAGGAGAAGGAGGGCGACUUACCGCUGAAGCGCGGCCAAGAGUUCGUUCUCCGUAUCGAAACCACAGAGGACGCCUUCUUGAUCUACAUAGACGACAAACUCUUCACCAACUAUCGUCAUCGGCUCCCCCCUAGUUCUGUGUCGAUGUUGAGCAUCUGGGGUCGCUUGCAGCCCUUCAAACUCGUGAUCAAAAGCCCCGAGAUCAUCCUCGAUCCGUUGAAUUUGUACUGGAGGCAAGUGGGCGGGCACUUGAGGCGUGUCGAGAGUUGCCGGGUGGGCGUGACUUGGGCUAUCGGGUACGAUCAUACGGCGUGGGUGUAUACGGGUGGGUGGGGCGGCGGCUUUUUAGGGGCGUUGGACAGUCAUAACGUGCAUCCUAUGACUGACUCGCAGGAUUACCGCGUCUACGAGAACCAACGGUGGAACCCGGUGACGGGGUAUACAUCAGCAGGAUUACCAACUGAUAGAUACAUGUGGAGCGACGCCACCGGUAAACAGAAGCGAACCCGAGACCAAGUCAAGCUUUUAUCAGUCAAGUGGCAAUGGGUGUCUGAUUGGAUGAUCGAUUUCCACGUCCCGGGUGGGGUGGAUCGGGACGGUUGGCAGUACGCGGUGGAUUUCCCCGGGACGUACCACGCCCAUAAAAACUUCACUGAUUACGUGCGUCGCAGGAGGUGGUACCGGAGGUGCGCCGUGGCCACGACGGGUCCGUGGCAGGAGUUGGGACACACUAAACUCAUCGACGUGUCACUAGAGCCAGUGAAGGACGACCUCGACAGUAUUAUAUCGGUGUGGGCACUAGCGUCAGGGGGGCAAGCUAUGGUACGGACCGGAGUGACCCGGUCCAACCCGGCAGGGUUAGGGUGGGAGCACGUGAGUUCGGACCAACCCUUGGGUAGCAUCAGCUGCGGGCCCUACAAUUUGGUGUGGGCGACGGGCAAAAAGGGGUGCGCGUAUUGGAGGAUAGGCAUUACGGAGAACAAGCUGGAAGGGGAGAGGUGGGUGUGCGUGGAACCGCCGAACGGCGGCCAGUUGAAACAGAUUUCGGUGAACGUGAUUGGAGUGUGGGCUGUGGAUCACAUGGGCCGGAUACAUGUGAGGAAGGAGGUCACCACGACGUUUCCCGAGGGGACGCACUGGCAGACCAUCACGCCAGAUCCGCUGGUUCUGAAUGCGGCACCCAAUACUACUGGAUUUAAACAUGUGAGUGUGGGGCGUAAUGAGGUUUGGGCAGCUACGAAUGGUGGCGCUAUACUACGAAGGGCCGGGAUUUGCCCCAGCAACCCCGCCGGGUCAGGGUGGUUCGUUGGCAUUCCGGGCAACUGGCAGCAAGUCAGCGUUCGAGCUUUUAACUAAGUGCUAAAGGUAUGUUUCGUUUCGUCACUAAGUCAUACGUUAAGCUUCUUUCCGUUCUGUGAUCGUCGAUAUUCUCCCGUUGGGAUAAGGUAUAAGAAUAAAGUGCAGCUUUAACUCGAUAACUUAUUUUAUAUUAUUUGUUGUAAUUAUAAACAUUCCAUAUAAACCCAACACAUAUAAACAAUAAACUGUUACAAAAAAAGAACUAAA